UGAACUCCCCAGUACCCCAUCUGGGCAUGACUCUGGCACGCAAUAUGCAAGGAAAUAAAAUGAUUGCAUGUGGGCCGGGCGUUGAACAACAUUGUGACAAAAAUCUCUACGUAAGUGGAAUCUGCUACCUGUUUGACACCAAACUGCACAACCCCCAAAACAUAACAACUGGAUAUCAAAAGUGCCUGAAAGGCAAAGUGGACCUGGUGUUUCUUUUUGACGGGUCAGCCAGCAUGAAAACAUCUGAGUUCAUGACUAUCAAGCAGUUCAUGAUUGACGUCAUGAAAGAAUUGUGGAACAGUUCUGUACAUUUUGCUGCUGUGCAGUUUUCAGAAGAUGCCAAACUUGAAUUUGAUUUUAACGACUAUACCAGCAAUCGAAAUCCUGAACAGCUCUUGGCCAACGUGGUUCAUGCCGAGCAAAUAACAAACACCUUCAGAGCUAUCAAAUUUGUGGCAAAUGAAGUCUUCAUUCCCGAACGUGGCACCCGAAAAGAAGCAAACAAAGUGAUUGUCAUUAUCACCGAUGGGGACGCCUCAGACAGGGACAGAGGACAUAUAGAAGCUGUCAAGAAAAAGAACAUCUUGCGCCUAAUCAUUGGGAUUGGUAAUCACCUUAAUUCACCUGAUUCCCAAGAGAAUCUCAAGCGGAUUGCCUCGGAACCCACAAGUCAAUUUUUUAAAAUUCUUGCCAGCUUUGAUGAGCUCAAAGACAGCUUCAAUGAUCUCCAGUCUAAUAUCUUUGCUAUUGAAGGUACCAGUGACAGCAGAUCCUUCCACCUGGAAUUGUCAUCCAGCGGAUUCAGUGCAGAUAUAUCCCAGGAUCAUGUGAUUCUUGGUGCUGUGGGUGCUGACAACUGGGCUGGGGGCAUUCUAGAGCAGCAGCAGGAUUUUGCCGGUGAAAGAUUCAUUACAACUCCCUCAGUACGCAAAGAGAUGGAAGGUGCCUACCUGGGGUACACACUCAGUUUUCUCCAGCAUCGUCAGAAAGCAUUCUACGCCGUUGGUGCCCCUCGAUACCAACAUAUGGGAAGGGUCCUCAUAUUUGAGGUUGAUGCCAAAACUCAGAACUGGACUUUAAAGCAAGAAAUUAAAGGGCAACAGACUGGAUCCUAUUUUGGAGGAGUGCUUUGUGCCGUGGACAUAGAUGGUGAUCAAGAAACAGACCUGCUGCUUAUCGGGGCCCCGCAAUAUUUCACCGAAACGAGAGGAGGCCAGGUUUACGCAUAUGGUUGGGAAGAGGAUAAUCUCGUUCUCCUUGGAGAAUUUAAUGGGGAUUUAGGACACCCCUUGGGCCGAUUUGGAGCAGCCAUCACAGAUCUGGCAGACAUCAAUGGGGAUGGACAGACGGACGUGGCUAUAGGAGCUCCCUUAGAGGAUGAGGAGAGGGGAGCUGUCUACAUCUACAAUAACCUCGAGAAGACUCUGCUUAUGGAGUACAGCCAGAGAAUCACUGGAGCCAGCAUUUCUCCUGGUCUGAGAUACUUUGGACAGUCCAUCCAAGGAAAGACAGAUCUCCGUGGAGAUGGUCUCAUCAGCAUUACAGUAGGAGCCUUGGGAAAGGUGAUGGUUCUCCAAUCCAGACCAAUUGUUAACGUGGCCACACAAGUUACUUUUGAGCCCAAGGAAAUUCCAGUGAAAGAUGUUGAAUGCGCUGGGAAUAGCAAAUCCUGGCAAAAUAUAAAUUUGAAACUUAGGAUCUGCUUCAAUAACAGCUUUGCCACAGAGAGUUACAAAGGGCAUCUGUCUGCAAAACUCUUGUUCCGCUUGGAGAUUGACCCAGAUAGGGUGAAAUACCGAGGAGAAUUUAGGAAUGGCAAGAAUAUUAUAAACGGAGCCGAAGAAAUCUCUCUAAAGCCAGUGUGUGUACUGGAGGAAAUUAAUAUCACGAAUUGCAUUGAGGAUUACUUGUCAGCCAUCAAGCUCCUUGUGAAUUUGUCCCUUGAGGAAGAUGAUUUACUGAAGACUGGACUUCCUAGGCCUAUUCUGAAUCCUUUAAGCAAUAGGACAAUGGUGGAGAUUCCUUUUGACAAGAACUGUGGAACAGAUGACAUCUGUGUGGCCGACCUGAAAAUCACCUUCCAUUCUUCAGGGUCUAAGGAACUGGUUGUAUCUCCUCAAUAUCCACUGGAAAUGAAUUUGGAACUGGUGAAUCAGCGGGAAGAUGCCUAUUUUACGAUGCUCUACGUGCCUCUGUUGCCAGGCCUUUCUUUCCGCAAACAUUCAGUGCUGAAAUACAAUGCUCUCGUCAUCCUGCAGUGUAAUUCAAUGCUUCGUCGUCAGGACUUUCAAGGCCUUGCUUGCAACGUCAGUCACCCCAUCUACAGGAAUAGCACAAAGGCUUUGAUACAGCUUCAAUUUGGUGUGCUCGAAAACAUGGACUGGAAAGAAAACCUGGAGAUGGUGGCGUAUGUCACUAGUGAAAAUGAGGAUAAUGAAACUCUUCAAAACAACAGAGCUGUUCACAGCAUCCCUGUGAAGUACCCCAUCAACAUCAUUAUCAAGAGGUUAGAAACAUCUAACCAAUACAUUGACUUUAGUUCUGAACGGCAAGAAAACAAGACCGUGACACACUCCUACCAAGUAACUAAUUGGGCCCUGGGGAAGUUCCCACCACCUAAAGUAUUGGUGUAUGUCAACGUGCCAACUAAAGUUCCUUCUGGACUGAUAUGGAAGAUUGGUAAAAUCCUAACUGUGGAUCCUGAUGUGAAUUGCCAGCCUGAAAAGAACAUGACCUUAAGGAAUUAUCCCACGUUAAUUAAGCACUGGCCAGUUGAUGAAUACCUUAUCUACAAAUGUGAUCUUGGACAGAUAAAUUCAUCUAUGAUCCAUAUAACUGGGAUGAUGUCUACCCAAAACAAAUCAGAGCACUCUCUUCAGGCCAAACUUUCCACAGCCUUGUGGGUUGAAUUUGAUACUGGAAGAUAUAAAAAUGUCUACAGUCAUGAAUUUGUCCAAGUUCAGGUCACAGAAAUAGAAGUGAUAAUUAUGAUGAAUUAUCUCCCAAUUAUAAUAGGCAGCGUCAUUGGAGGCUUGUUCUUACUUAUUCUCUGCAUUGUAGUACUUUACAAGUGUGGGUUCUUCAACCGGAAUUAUAAACAGAAGAUAGAAAAUCAAGGAGAAAAUGAAAAUGCUGCACAAACAGCUGACAAUCCAGAAGAUGGUGCAGAGAAGGAAGGUUCUAAUACGGAGAAAGAGAGCCAAAACAAACUCCUUACAGAACCGUCGAAUACAGAAAAUGAGACCCAAUGAUCAAAUCAUGUUUCUCUCCAGAGACUACAUCCAGGCUAUUUGUUAUAAAUGCUCAGUGUGUCUGUAUGUGUAGGGAGGGGGGGAGGGGUUAGGAGUCAGGAGACUGCGGUGCUGGUAAUGAUGACUUCCUUUUUCCUUUCAAAAACGAAAAAAGAAGCUAUCGUUGCAAUUAUUUCAAGUGCUUCCACUGACCGUCUUAGAAAAAGAUCCAUAAUACGUGUCUGCUGAGGCAGAAGGUAGGUACGCAGGAUGAGAGGACCAGAACAAGAUGCAGGCAGGCAAAUGUGUUUGUCUGCAUCCUCUGCUAGUCCUUUAAUCUGAGACAAAUCUGCUGUUUUUGUGUUCAUAUUGUCAUGAGAUUAUUUUCUAGACGAUAGCAGAUUUUGGGAUUCUGGACCUUUGGCCUUUGUUCGUCUUAUUUGUUGCACAGCAGAAAUGGGUAAGACUUAAAAGGGGAAUUAUGCGAAUUCCCUCACUUGGCAAGGGAUGAAAUAAAUUCUCUGGAAUUCUGGACAGUAACUACCAGCAGAUGGUUAGAUAAAUAAAUGUCAACUUCCAAAACCAAGAACCAUGCGCUGAGUUACUCCAAAGCAGUUCCCUUUAUUGUUCCUCAUCUAUGGACAGAAAUCUUGCCACACUAAAGCAAAUCAAUAAAGAUAUACACCAAAUUGCUACCUUAAGCCUCUUCCUCCUAAUCAAACUACAUAAACUUUGCUGUCUCUCAGUCCUCUGCAAUGCGACCUCUCCAAUGCGGCCCCUCCCGCCUCGGAAUCCAGGCUAUUUUCACCACAUCUCCACCCUUGGAGAUUACAGGGGUCAAAUCCAACCAUCACUUCAGCUUUCUUACUGGAGUCUAAAAUCCCUAUCUUGGCAACUCUCAAAUGAAUGGGAGGAGACAGAAUGGCUUGGACCCUAGUCAGGAGCUUCACCAUCUUAAGCACCAUUAUGCCCUGCAUGAUGUCUCUAAAUAACCUUAAUUAGAUUUAUAUUACUUCCCAUAUUUAGUAUGGAAGGGAACAAAAGAGAUGGAAACAUCCACCCCCAAACAUAGAAGCAAGAAACAAGAAAGGUAACAAAUGACAAUCUGUUGCGGGCUAAGCCCUUGGAAAUAGUAAAGUAUUCUGUCAUCAGAAAAUUUGGAGCAGAACAGAAUCUGUAAAUCAGGAUCCAACUUCAAACAAACAAACAAAAAAGGCAGUGUGUGUUAUCAAAGUUAUAUGGCCUUCAAACUGGGAUUGUUUGAACUUUUCAUUGAUCACUUUUGCACUUAUUUCUAUUCUAUGUUAAAAUAUUUUGGGGGAAACUUUUUAAAUUUAUAUUUUCUUCACCAUAUUUCAGUAAGGACUUUCUUAAAUAUAUAUUUUGGUAAUGUAUUUGCUAUAAUGUAACUUUCUCAGAAAAUCUGUAACAGUAAUGUGAACAAAUAGAAUUACAAUAGAUAGAUAAUAAUUUCACAGACGGUGGCCAAAAUAAAUGUCUUAGAUAAUUUUUACCUUAAUAAAUGAAAUCAAUUUUCCAGAACAAAAAAAGUUUAUAUUCCAUAAUCUCCGUAUAUCAAAAUCACUAAUGAAAUCCCCCCAACUUUGAAAAGAGGUUGGCUGUGCUGCUUCUUUUUUUGGGGGGGGGGAGGGGUCAAGGUUAAGCCUUCAGUGUAUAUAUGCAAGUUAUAUGCAAGUGUCAUGAAUGAUUUAAAAUGUUGAGUAAUAAUCCUGGCUCAAUUUAAAAGAAUGCAGGGUGCUUGAGUGGAAUCAAAAAGAGCAUUUAUUAGUUCAGCAGAGGGAGACACAGAAAAGAGAGAAAGAUUAGAACGUUACAAAAAUAACUACAGUUGGGAGAGAUUCAGAGCAUGCAACAGAAGUUUCAAAAGCUGUUCUAGUUAAAUAUUGGAGUCUUAAGAGUGUCCCCACAUUCUGCUGGGUUCCUAAGUAACAAUUGUGAAAAUAAAACAACUGUAUUAUCUUUUAUGUCAUCCUCCCGCUUCCCAACUUCCUAAGUCAAUUAUUUCAAAGCUUAUAGACUGAAUUGAAGAAAAAUUUCUCCCAAAUCAACUCCUGGAAUCCAGCAAGAAUUGCCACCAUAAGGAAAGGCACCCACUUAUUUAUAAAUAAGGCAUCUUACCUUGGAAGUGUUGUGAAACUUUUUUUAAAACAAAACUUGGGCUGGAUUGGUAAGUAUAAUACAGCAUGUACAUAGGUAGAGUUAACGUUUAAAAACGGACUGACUAAAAUCAUCCUUUGGAAUUAUUUUGAUCCGCAAACGGCACAAGACUUGGAAUGAUACAGGGAGC